AUGGCGCUCUGCAAGCGCGUGCUUCAAACCGGUGCCGAUUCCGCGUUUCUCUUCGCCAGCUUCCGACGAAACCUCUACUCGCCUUCUUCGACGAGCAACAAUGGAUUUGGGCUCUUCAGCAGGCAGAUUUCGGGACUGGUCAAACCGAAUGGGAAUCGCGCGUUUCUCGUGGACACGUUGGCUCUGGUGAGGGGUUUGGAGGCCAAAGGCGUGCCGACGAAGCAGGCGGAGGCGAUCACAGCUGCGAUCACUGAAGUUCUGAACGAUAGCUUGGAGAAUGUGGCUCAUGCUUUUGUUUCCAAAGCGGAAAUGCAGAAGGCUGGAAUGCUACAAGAAUCAAACCUGUCCAAGUUUAAGUCUGAAGUAAAAAGCUCACAGGAGCACCAUUUUUCGAUGUUGCAACGUGAGACUGAAAAACUUCGGGGUGACAUCGAGAAGAUGCGUAGUGAAUUGAGAUACGAGAUUGACAAGGUUACAGCUGGGCAACGCUUAGAUCUAAAUCUUGAAAGAGGGCGCAUACGUGAUGAGCUAGCCAAUCAAAAUGCAGAAACCACCAAUCUCACAAACAAACUUGACCGAGAAAUUCAUACAUUAAGGGCUCAGUUGGAAGCUGCAAAGUACGACGUGAUCAAAUAUUGCAUAGGAACCCUUGUCUCCAUAUCUGCAGUUGGUCUCGCUGUACUUCGUAUUUUGUUGUAG